AUGCAGACAGUGAGUGUGGUUGAUUUUUGUGGCCAGACCCUCCACGGGGACGGGAUGGUGUUAACUUCCCACCGAGACUCACGGCGUUACUACUUUGUAGUAGCUGGGACUGACUGCCCGCUUACCAUGCAGGCCGCGUCCCUCCAAGACAAGGUCCAGUUCCAGUUCCGCUUCUUCCUGGUGUACAGCAUGGUGCGUUUGCCUUCCAGCAUGCCAGCCAGCAAUGCCAGCAAGGACCACCACACCCUGGGCUCCCUCCAGUCCAGAAGGGAGCAGGAGACCAUUGACCCUUGCACUGCAGGCUCCUAUGUGCAGUUCUAUGAUGGUAAAAACCACACUGCCAAGCCCCUGGGAACCCCACUGUGUGGGAGGAACAUCCCUAGGCCCAUCCUUUCUACUGGUAACUUCCUGACCUUACGGCUUGUGACCCGCGGCCAGCAACCUCGUGUGGACUUUGUGGGUGAUUUCACCUCCCUCCGAACUGGCUUGGAUGCUUCAACUUGCAGCAUGGAGUCCUAUUUCCCCUGUCGCAAUGGCAAGUGCAUCCCUCUUAGCUUAGUCUGUGAUGGCAGCAAUGUGGACAACUGCGGGGAUGGCACAGACCAGGCUGCUCAGCCCCCAGCCUGGUGCAAAGGCUCAACCACGCCCCCGCCACCCCUGAAUGCUGAGGCCUCUUCUGUAGUUAAUGUCCUUCCAAGUCAGGUGACCUGUGCAGGACCCCAGGAGAGCCAGCUCCUGCCCCCAGGCACUGCCCCCUGGGACAAAACAGACAAACGCAAACCUCUCCUUGUCUCGCUGGCCGCCAUCUUAGGUGUAGCCUUGCUGUUCUGGUGCUGCUGGAACCCAGGCUGGUUCGUUUGGAGAGUCGGCGCCUGCAGGUACCUGCCUGGCUGCAAUUCUGUCUGUGCUGCCUGUCACCUCUGCACACGCAGUUGCGCCCACCGGGAGCCCCCCAAGGUGACUCCACAUGGAAGCGCUGAGCCACCCGUGUGACUUGCAUUUCCUCUGUGAUGGGCAUGUGUGUGUGUGUCAUUGGCCAGUUUCAGAGAGUGGGUCA